UCUCCCAGUGUUGCCGCGGCUGCGUUUUCGGAGUGCGACAACUUCCAGUUUUCAGACCAUCUUUCCAAAAGGAGCCGCGCAGCCAUGGGAGUGCAUUACCUCAGCCGUGCAAUUUCCACCAUCAAUAAUUUAAUCUAUUUGCUCCAAAGCUGAAGAGAUAUCCCGAAGCGUUGUCGGGAGAGUGCAGAGAGGAAAAAUAUCGCUUAAGUAAGUUACUCAGGGAGUUGUCCAAAACAUCCCAGAUGACACCACUGUCCUGUUGAAUGGUCUGUUUUACGACUGGGAGGUACAAGUUCCACCAGGUUAGAAGAGUGAUGACCAUCCUGUUCCUUACUAUGGUUAUUUCAUACUUCAGUUGCAUGAGAGCUGCGCCCCUGAGAGAUGCCCCGGGCAUGCGGGGCCAUCGGACGGAAGGCUACUUGGGCGCUGCUGCUGCGACGGCCGCCCGAGGCCACGGGACUCCACAGAGCGGCGGUGGGCCGGGCCAGCGCGGAGAACUCCCCUCACUCACAGACACAUUUGAGCAAGUGAUAGAGGAGCUGCUCGAGGUGGAUGGAGAGGCGGCGCAGCUGGGACAGGGGGCUGAUAAGGGCCAGGGAGGUGGGGGCCCGUCGCCUGCGGUCGCCACAGAGACCAAGGAUGUCGACCUGUACAACUCGCGGGUGAUGAUCAGCAACCAAGUGCCUUUGGAGCCGCCGUUGCUCUUUCUUCUGGAGGAAUACAAAAACUAUCUGGAUGCCGCUAACAUGUCCAUGAGGGUGCGGCGACACUCCGAUCCCUCGCGGCGCGGAGAGCUCAGUGUGUGUGACAGUAUUAGCCAAUGGGUGACGGCUGUGGAUAAAAAGACGGCAAUAGACAUGUCUGGGCAGACAGUUACCGUCAUGGAAAAGGUCCCUGUCCCCAAUGGCCAACUGAAGCAAUACUUUUAUGAGACCAAAUGCAACCCCAUAGGGUACACAAAGGAGGGCUGCAGAGGAAUAGACAAGCGGCAUUAUAACUCCCAAUGCAGGACAACCCAGUCCUACGUGCGAGCGCUCACCAUGGAUACCAAAAAGAAGAUUGGCUGGCGGUUUAUAAGGAUAGACACUUCAUGUGUAUGCACAUUGACCAUUAAAAGAGGGAGAUAGUGUAUAAAAUGUAUAGAUUUUAUUGAAGAGUUUAAAAAAGAGAAUACAGAGAAAAUAUCUAUUUGUAUAUAUACAUAACAGGGUAAAUUAUUCCGUCAAAUGAAAAUUUUAUGGACUGCAUGUAAAAAAAGAUGAAGUUUAUACAGUAAAAGUGAUACUAAGUCUAUUUAUUGAACAUAUUCAUGACCUUGUAAACAAUUAAAAAAAAUCUGAUCAGUCAUUUGCGCCCAGUUUAAAUUACUAUAUCGCAUUACUCGAGACAUUGUGAUCUGUUUACGUUGCCAAGAAUUAGCAGAUGAAGGGGAAAAAAACAGUGAGAGAGGACAGUUCCAUCUUCAAAAGCUUGCAUGCUGCUUCAAUUGUGACUCGAGAAUUCUCCACUUACAAAAAAAAGGAUACAUGCUGACCAAAAAAAGAAGAAAAAAAAAACAUUCAGUUUACAUAUUCAGCAGAAAGCAAUUUCCUCUCAAGUAAUUUAUCUGUUUACUGUUCUAAACUUCUCAAGGUAAUGUUGGAAUUACAUACUAUGUCAAGGUGCUGUUGUCAAAGCUUUGCUGUUUAUUUUUUUAUCCCCAC